UCUCGCGUACACCUUGCCGGCACGCAACUAGCUACCGCGGCCCAGACUAUCCGGCGACUAGAGAUUGGGCCCGACCGCGGGACUGACGUUGGGACCAGCGCGCUAGCACCUCGCCCAAGCGCGCCUAAUUUCAAAUUACACAAGUAAUGCGAGUGCCGCGCUUAAAAUCACGUUAUUGUUUCUUUUUACAGACUCACCCGCACUCGCCUCUUUUCAGUUCAAACCUUUUUCACUAAUUAUCCCGUGAUUACUGUGCGAUUUAGUGUUUGUGCCAUUGGGCCCACAGGACCCCACAGGUGCGAUACAGACGCUGCAGAUUGUGUGACAUAAUUAUUCAUAAAGAAUAAAUGUAACACAAAAAUAUACGGAUUGACCACAUCAAAAUCUGCGCGCGCUCUCUUCACAGGAUAAAAAAAAAUUAGUAGGACGCACAUUGGUUCACCGUGGACGUCAACGCGGAAUGCGGUUACAUAUUCUCGUUCUAGCCUGUCUCCUUUUCAAGGGGCUGGCUCUUGGAGAAGAAGUGGAGGUGGUAGAGGCGAUAUCAGGGGAAGAGAAUCGAAACGAGAACUCUGGUCUGAAUCGUCAGGACAGUGAUAUAAGCGAUUCGGACCAAUUGGCCCUGGAAUCGCUAAACGAGAAGGAUGGAGGUUCAGUUCAUUACAAGACAGGAGGUGGUCAUCGAGGUCAUCCUCCAGGAAGAGGAGGUCUCGGCAUGCCGCACCUUUCGAGACCCCAUCACAACGUCGCCUACCAUGGACCGCCGCCUCCCCUGCCAUCCAAGAAUCAACCGGAAGCUAUGGACAAGGCCUACACGACCGGAUCCGGAGGUGGUGAGAACUGGCCAGCUGUGUCUCCGGACAUGCCGAAGAUCGUCUCCUUGGACGUGAAAUGCGAGAAGAACCUGAUGAAGGUCUAUCUCAGUUUCGACAAACCUUUCUACGGGAUAGUCUUCAGCAAAGGCCACUACAGCAAUGUAAAUUGCGUUCAUCUGCCUGCUGGCCUCGGCAGAUCGUCCGUCAAUUUCGAGAUCAGCAUUCAUGCCUGCGGCACGGCUGGGAACACGGAGAACGGUCUUUAUGGGUACGGAGCUGAAUCCGGAUCCGGGACUUACUUCGAGAAUAUUAUAGUCAUACAGUACGAUCCGCAGGUCCAGGAAGUGUGGGACCAAGCUCGAAAAUUACGCUGCACAUGGCACGACCUUUACGAAAAGUCAGUGACCUUCCGGCCUUUUCCAGUCGAUAUGUUGGAUGUUGUUCGAGCAGACUUUGCGGGUGACAACGUGGGCUGCUGGAUGCAAAUCCAGGUGGGAAAAGGACCCUGGGCAUCAGAGGUAUCUGGUUUGGUAAAAAUUGGACAAACGAUGACAAUGGUCCUUGCUAUCAAAGACGAUGAUUCGAAAUUCGACAUGCUCGUGCGCAAUUGUAUGGCUCAUGAUGGAAAGAGAGCCCCGAUUCAACUCGUAGAUCAGAGAGGCUGCAUCACUAGGCCUAAGCUCAUGUCCCGUUUCACCAAGAUCAAAAACUUCGGGGCGAGUGCUUCCGUUUUGUCAUACGCUCAUUUUCAGGCUUUCAAAUUCCCGGAUUCGAUGGAGGUGCAUUUUCAGUGCACAAUCCAAAUUUGCAGGUAUCACUGUCCUGAUCAGUGUUCGGAAUCUUCAUCCUUGCUAGAUUCCCAGGGUGGACUCCUGGAGAGCCAUCAGGUCGGACAUGGUCGACCUGAUUCGUACGGACCACCGCCUCUUCCACUUGAAGCUUACCUUCAGGCUGUAGGAGACCGGCCAAGAGAUGAAAGAAGAAGAAAGUCUCGUGCGGUCGCACAGCAGACAGCACCAGAGAAGACUGUCGGUGUAAAUAGAAUCAUAAGAGUUGUAUCGACGGGCGAUCUGACGUUCGCGAUCGAUGAAUCGAGCAGCGAACCGCCCAGUUCAACGAUGGUCUUUCCUGUCAAAGAUCCAGUCCCGAGCUCAAGUAUGAUCUGUAUGACCACUCCUGGUUUCGCCGUGACGCUGGUCAUACUCCUCGCCAUUUUGCUCACCUCGUGUAUCAUCUCGACCUAUCUUUGCAUUCGCUUGAGACCUUUUAGCAAAGCCAAGAAAAUCGUACCUGUACCUGUAUCUAUACCUGUAUCUACCUUCAGCCAUCACACUACAAAGAGACCAGUGAAGGCCACUUGCUUCUAUUCUUAGGCUCAAACUGAGAUUUCAGUAGAGAUUUCGAUGCACUCAUGUGUUCAAAUACGGCAGUGCCGCACAAUUUAAAUUGUAGCGGAAUGAAGCGGCGAUUAGCACUUUAAUGAAGUACGCAUUCAGGACCUUUUCGAUUAAUAAAUUCCAAUCACAACGAAAAGCCGUACGAAGAAGGAAAGGUAUUUUUUGCAAAAGCAAAAGGUACCUAAUUUACCAUAGGUAUUAAUCUAAGUGCGAAAGCGUGAAGGUUUAUAGGUGAAAGCCAGUCUUAAAACACUACUGAAGAACUUCGUUCUGUGUACUGGGUGAAUGUCAGAUAUAGUCUUUAGUUAUUUAAUUAUGAUAUUAUUAGUUAUUUAGUAACAAUAUUAAUUUAAGAAUGAAGGUAGACGUCUUACGUCAUAGUCUAAGUCCAAGUCUGAACAAAACGUUCACUAACAAGAGAAAAAAAUAUUGUUUUCAACAAUAAAAGUUUAAUAAAUAGGCCAGGAAACUUUGAUAAUCUUUUUUAUAAAAUCUGUAAAGUAGACCAAACUUGAAGGCUCAAUAUUUUUUCAUAUUAAGUUUAUUCUUAAAUGUAUAAUCAACCUUACAAAAUAUUACCUCUUAUCGACUACUCAAACAUCAAAACUAUUUUAUUAACUCAAUUAGAAUAAGAUAGAAUAAAAUAUAUCACUUAGGGAACCAAUGCUGAAAGUCCCUUAAUUGAAAAAAAGAUUUUCAAUUCUUUUCGCUAGAAGUAAACAGAAUGCUGAAAAUUAAAAUUGUUUAUAAAUUAAGGAAUAUUUUACACAGUAAUUCUUCAAUAAAAAUAUUAGGGUUGUAAAAAAAUAGAUUUAGACAUUUCCAAGAUCCCCUGAAAGUCGCGAAAUUAUUAUUUUAUAGGUACUUUUUUUUAACUUUUAAUUAAUUUUUUGCGUAUUCAUUCGGAGAGAGGCGACUAUAUGGGAAUUUUGCAAAUACAAACAUUUAUAACUGUAUUCGGUUCAUUAUUUAUUUAGUAAUUAGGUGUAUGAAUAAAUUUAGGCGCGGCCCGCGACUCGUCCUUAUUCUUGUUUCAGGACGAAAUCGUACCUAUUUUGACGCAAAGUGGUGAUUUAAAAUGAGAUCAGAUCAUUUUAAAUGAGAUAAGAUCAUUUAAAAUGAGAUCAGAACGAUUCAAUUUUUUUAAACAUGACCGCAACACUUUUCAGACGAAAUAAGUGGACUGUGAAGUGCCGAUCGGACUGAUAUUUCGGAAA